GGGAGGGAGGGAGGCAGGGAAGCAGUGAGCAAGUGAGGGGAUCAGUAGCAGAGAAGCAGAAGGGUGAGACAGGAAGACAGACAUAGCCUUACCUUCCUCACCGGAGCAAAGGAAAGAUUGGCUUUCAUUGUUGGGAGAGCUCCAAUGCCUGGUCCUACCCAAACCUUGUCCCCAAAUGGAGAGAACAACAACGACAUCAUCCAAGAUAACGGGACGAUCAUUCCUUUCAGGAAGCACACAGUACGCGGGGAGCGUUCUUACAGUUGGGGAAUGGCGGUCAAUGUGUAUUCUACCUCGAUAACCCAAGAGACUAUGAGCAGACAUGACAUCAUUGCAUGGGUGAAUGACAUAGUAUCUUUAAACUACACAAAAGUGGAACAGCUUUGUUCAGGAGCAGCCUAUUGCCAGUUCAUGGACAUGCUAUUCCCAGGCUGCAUUAGUUUGAAGAAAGUAAAAUUUCAAGCAAAGUUGGAGCAUGAAUAUAUUCACAACUUUAAACUUCUGCAAGCAUCAUUUAAAAGAAUGAAUGUUGAUAAGGUCAUUCCGGUGGAAAAGUUAGUGAAAGGACGUUUUCAGGACAACUUGGAUUUCAUCCAGUGGUUUAAGAAGUUCUAUGAUGCAAACUAUGAUGGGAAGGAAUACGACCCUGUGGAAGCUCGACAAGGCCAGGAUGCGAUUCCGCCACCCGAUCCUGGUGAACAGAUCUUCAACUUGCCCAAGAAAUCUCACCAUGCAAACUCACCUACGGCAGGUGCUGCUAAAUCAAGUCCGGCUUCUAAACCAGGAUCCACCCCUUCUCGUCCCUCGUCAGCAAAAAGGACUCCUUCUAGCAGCGGCUCAGCAUCCAAGUCUGAGAAAGACUUAGAAACCCAGGUCAUACAGCUCAAUGAACAGGUACAUUCGUUAAAACUUGCACUUGAAGGUGUGGAGAAGGAAAGAGAUUUCUACUUUGGAAAGUUAAGAGAGAUUGAGCUGCUCUGCCAAGAACACGGGCAGGAAAAUGAUGAUCUCGUGCAGAGACUAAUGGAAGUCCUUUAUGCUUCAGAAGAACAUGAAAGCCACACGGAGGAGCAGGAAGCAGAAGAGCAAGUUCACGAGCAGCCUCAGCAGCAGGAAGAAUACUGACCCGUCUUCACAUCUCUUGACACUUUUCAUUUUGUUGUGGGAACUUUUCUUCUGGAGAAUUGGAACAUGUGUGGCCUCCAACACGAAAGAAACCCAUUGCUCUCCAUCUGCCAUUACCACGGACAUACUGCAGUGAGUGCCAGCCAAACCACUGCGAUCUCUGCUCGUUACUUUGCCAAGUUGCAUUAGCAAAAGUCUUCUCUCUGGCCGUCCACCUGAGAGAUUGUAGGGUCACAUUCUUUCAACUUCACCACUUGGCUGCUUGAGAUGGGUUCUGUCCUUUUCUUUCAAAAAGAAUCUCCCCUUCUCCCAACUUUUGUCUUAGUAUGAUACCGUUGUAAUUUGAUAUAUGGUAUUUAUAUUGGCAUCUUAUGGCAAAAUGUUACUAGAUGUCACACACGUUUGUGGUGCUUUGAUGUUUGCAAGUCUGUCUGCUUUUGAGCAUAAAUUUGAUCAAAUGAUGAAUUGGAACUAAGGGAAAAAAAAUCAUUGAGAGCGAAGCCAUAAUGAUAACGGCAUAUUUUCCUGGGUGAGGGAUGGGAAGGCUCGUGCCACUACAAAUUACAUUAUCUCUCUUCACAAAACUAAAAACAAAACAAUGGUUUCAAAGGACUGAAAGUCGCUUCAGUGUUUUUACACAUCAGCAUGUUAGACAACCACACAGUAUGUUAUUAUUUUUGGAAGAUCUGAAUCCACUUAAGUGGGGAAAAGAAAGAAACAUCUCAGUUUUCCUUAUUUUGCUCCCUUCUGCCCCUCCCUUCCUCCUUACCCUGCCACCAGAGGUUUUCAUGGUCUUUUCUUUCUCAGGGUCCUAUUUGGUGGAUAAAUAGAUAGGUAGGUAGAUAGAUAGUUACAUACAUGCAUAUUCCCCAAGAUGCUGCUGCUCAGUAUCUUCAGACCAAAAGGGUUUUGGGUAUGUAGGUUAGUCAGAGUGACCCUACUGCCUUCUGUCCCCUCCAUCCCUGUCCUUAAGGUAGUUAGUGUGGAUUUCAGUGUGCCUCUCUUCCAUCAUUCAACCUAGAGGAAGAGAGAAGCCUGCCUAAGGUUGAUUGGCUGCCAGCUGGCUCCAGAACUAAUGGCAAUUCUUAACGAAGAGUAAGUUCUUCUAAAGGAAUUCCAAUAAGGAAGGGGUUGCAGCUAGCUGUGUUUUACAAGUGCUGUGCACCCCAUGACAGGAAAUUUUAUCUGAAAUUGAAGUGAUGCUCUGAUUAGUGGAAGCACAACCUCUAAAGCCCCUUCCAGCUCUAAAUCUAUGAUCCUCUGACCUCCGAGAGAGACAUUUCUGCAGUCCGCUGUAGGAUCCAUUGCCAAGUCAUAUGGCAGAAAGAUCCAUGACUCCCAAUAGCAUUUGGAAUAUGGAAUUUUUCCGCUUAAUAGGGCCCUUCUUAUUGUUGACCUUUGCUAAACAGUGACAAUUUAAACAAAUAUAGCAGAUAUUAAUGUAUUAAAAGCAUUCCUUAUUUUUAACUAAAAUUUGCACAUUCUAUUAGUCUCUUUCUGAACCUUCAUCGUCUUUUUUUUUUUUUUUUCUUUUCUCAUUUGCAGUUGGUGUUCCUUCUUGGUUCAUUUUGCUUGGUUUCCAAUUUUUGAUUUAUUUUCACUGGUUAUUUGAUUUAGCAGGUGCAACAAAAGCAAGAAACAAGUUCCCCUUCCAUCCAACCCCAUAAUCCCCACUUAACUAAACAGCUAAAAUAAACUUCUGAAUGAUCUAUUUUAAAGUUUUGAAUUUAUUUACUAAUUGAUUAAAUUCCAGUUCUAAAUUCACACAAGAGCUGAAGGUUUUUACCAAUAAAAAUCUUCUGCUCCAUAUAAAUCUUUUGCAGCAAAGUGGUGUUUAUUGAGUUAAAUGUCCAAAAGGAUGCUUGUACUUUGAAGUUUUGCUCUAUAUCCAGUAUAUACAAUUCACUGUGGGGGAAAAAUAGACAUAAGUUUUAUGGGAUGUUUCCCUUUCUUCUCUCCAUUGCUUUCUCUUUACAGCACACAGCAUAGUAGCUCACCCCUCUAAGGCUAGAUGGGUUUUCUAGCCUGCCUCUCAGCAUUGACAUCCUCUCCCACCUGUAACAAGUAGUGGUAGUGCUAUAAGUCUCCCACCUAACUUUGUUAGCUGCAUUUCUAAAGCUUUAUUUAGUCACUGAAUUUCCUCAACCUAAAAAACAGCUAUGUAUGUGCACAAGGAAAUUUUCUUCAAAGAAACACAAUAAACAGUCUUAUGGUCCAGGAUAGACAGGCAAAUGGGCAGACUCUCCUUUUUUUUGUCAUCAUAGACCACAACAACUCUUAAUGGAAGUAUGAGCAUGAGUUCCUGACAUCAGCCGCAAUCCCAAUGCCAGGGCAUUCAUUCCCCAAAUUUCCAUCCCUUUUCUAGGCAACAACUAGGUUCAGAAGUCUCUCUUCCACGACCCAUUAUGUGAUUUACUGAAUAAUUUCCAUACGUUCCAUUGAUGGCAAUCCCUGAGACCACCCCAUUCCCACCAUCUUCACAGCUGAAAAAUAUGGGUCAGACACACUUUCCUGUCCUGUAGACUUUGUUGCUCCAUCCACAUUGAUACAACUUUCCAAAAUUCCCACAACUUUGGUUAUUCGAUCAAAUUGUUUUUCAUUCAUUUACAGAACAAAAUCUUCCUCUUUCAAGUUUGACACCAUUAAAUUGAGCUGUACCUUAGAUGAAGCAGCCCCUUUGUAAAUUGUUGAUAUUCUCACAUUAUUUCUCAGUUAAUCACUUUCUGCAGGAGCUAUCUGAACUAUCUAUGGAGGAAACAGAGUUGGGUCCCUUUCCAGAUCUUUCUCACUGAAUAGUGAAAGCUGUGUUUCUCACCUCAAGCAUCCUACAGUACUUCUUCCUCCUUAGACCACUGAUGGCAAUGACUGACACUGCUGCAGUGAGCAGCACCCCCUUGAUGAAUGUCUUUCCUUCUCUCAUUCAUAUAAAUCCAUAUCAAUAAAUCUGUCCACCCCUCUCAUUCACCUAUCAGGCUGAUUAUAGCACUUUCACCGCAUAUGUCAGGCAGGAAGUGAUUGACGUAGAGGGCAAGGUGAAAACCCAGUCUUUUUCUAAGCAGAAACAAACAAAAACACCCCAGGUGACUCGAGAGAAGUAAACUCCAGAAGGGAAACAAGGCCUCCUCUUCCCUCCCUGGUGAGUAUUCCUGUUAUUCCGUUAUGGUUUAAUAUGCAUUCGUAAUUACUUUUAAUAAAUAGUAUACCAUAAAGCUUUUGUUAUAGAUUAAAUGUAAACUGAAAGGAAUGUAAACAUAUGUAUUGUUAAUUAUAAAUAGAUAAGUAAUGGCAUAAUAGAUGAAAAAGGCUUAUUCAGAUGUAUCACACUCAUUUUACUUUACCCACCAACUGUCGCAUGAUAGAGUAGAUUUUUUUGUCUCUGAAUAUGUGAAUAACUUGACUUGCGUUUAUCUUUUUACAUAUUUAAUAAAAAAAAUAUAUGUUAAAAUCUUCAUAGAUCUAUAGACUAUUGAAAUUUUUACUGUCAACAUUAGCUUUUAAUGAGCAUGUGGAUAUGUAUAGGUUGUACACAUAUGGGUUUACAUGCAUUAUUUGAGGGUUUUUUAAGUGCCAAAUGUUUUAGCAAGAGGUGUAGGCUCCCUAUUUUAGUACCAUAUAUAGCAGCCUUGUUAGGCAUCUGUAUUACUUAGAAAAAAAUUUAAUGAAAAUAUAAAAAGAAUUCUCUUGAGAAAUAGUUCCAUUUGCAAAGAACUGAAUUUUCAGCAGCAAUUGUGAUUCACUGAGGUAAAAACUGGACAAUCCUGGGGAAGAUGGGAUCAAGGGAAAGACCACAGGAUAGUCCCAAGUUGAGCUCUGUGGCAAAAAGGUGAGGAGGAUUCUGGCCAAAAGACUUAAAAUAUCUCAGUAGCUUUUUGAAGAGGGAUUUUUUCCCUUCCCAAACCGGCCCUUCUUAUUACUGUCCAUGGCAAAAAGUAUGACGAUUUGUAAACAGAUGUGUAAGAUUUAAAACAAACAGUAAGUAAAUAGGAAAGUUCAUUAAAACUCAAUCCACAGAAGCCAUCUAGAAAAGUACAGUAUUCAUUUGUAGGGAAAUCACUUUCCACCCAGUGGCCUGCAAAGAAUGGAAGUAUAAUGGAUGGACACUUUUGUUUCCAGAAGGAAAAAUAAUCUCCAUACUGUUUUCAAGCACCACCUAGAGGUCAAUUUAGUUUCCAUACUAGGCUGUUACCCAAGCUGACUGUAAACUUUUUUUUAUUUAUUUAACUUAUUAUUCACUUAUCAAAGAGAAGAGGAGGAUGAAGGGAAAAUGAAGGACAGAAAUGCAAAGAUGGGCAUAAUCCUAUUGCAUAAUUCAGCUUUCCCUUGGGUACACUCCUGACAUAGUGAGGUCUAUAAGCCAAUAACCAUAUGGCAAAAUCCUCCUGCUAAAAGUAAAUGCUUACUCCUUUUGACCUUAAAUGUAUUAUAAAAGAAAAAAAAAAUCUUUAAAAUUCUGGGUGUCCAUAGUUUAUUUACAAGGAAUUUAUUACACAUUGAUCAAAAGUCCCUUGUCAUUCAGAUAUACUGUGAAUAAAAUUGAACUUGUCAUUCUCUCAAAAUCAUUUACUCUCCUUGCCGGUAUAGGAACAGGACUCUGAAGCACACAGACAUAUAAAUCUUACUGAAUUCUGUCACAUUCCUAGUCUAAUAGUUUAAAAACUCACAAGAUCAUAGAACAUUAGUGUUCCCUUACUUAAAAACCAAUAUUAUUAGAUAUGGUUUUUUUGAUUAUUAAGACUGAUGGAAUUAUUAUAGACUUACAAACCUUCCUUCUCAGUGCAAACAGAACAGUACUAAAUAUAGUCUGCUUCCUAGAGGAAUAUCAAAUCAUUCAUUCACUCAGCAGAUAUUUGAGUUCCUACUGUGCUAAG